CGCGCCGCGGGCGCCAGAUCUGAGCGCCCGACCCCCCAUGCCUCCUCCCCCGCGCCAGAUCCGCGUCGCCUAGCCUAGCCUAGCCUGCCACGCGCGCCCGGACGGCUGGUCCGCGGCAGCAGCCAGCCAGCCAGCCCGCCAGCCAUGGAGGACGCGGCCAGGUACGCGCACAGCCCGGCCCACCUGGCCGUCUACCGGCGGGACCACGCGGCGCUCCGAACCCUCGUCGCCGCCCUCCCCCGCCUGCCGCGGGCCGGGGAGGUCACCACCGAGGCGGAGUCGAUCGCGGGGGAGCGCGUGGCGGACGCGGUGUCCGCCGUCAUCGACCGCCGCGACGUGCCGCGGAGGGAGACCCCGCUGCACCUCGCCGUGCGCCUCCGCGACCCCGUCGCCGCCGACCUGCUCAUGUCCGCCGGCGCCGACUGGUCGCUGCAGAACGCCGACGGCUGGUCGGCGCUGCAGGAGGCCGUGUGCACGCGCGAGGACGCCAUCGCCACCAUCAUCGCGCGCCACUACCAGCCGCUCGCCUGGGCCAAGUGGUGCCGCAGGCUCCCGCGGGUGCUCGCCUCCGUCUCCCGCAUCCGCGACUUCUACAUGGAGAUCUCCUUCCACUUCGAGUCCUCCGUCAUCCCCUUCAUCGGCCGCAUCGCGCCCUCCGACACCUACCGCAUCUGGAAGCGCGGGGCCGCGCUGCGGGCCGACAUGACGCUCGCGGGCUUCGACGGCUUCCGCAUCCAGCGCUCCGACCAGACGUUCCUGUUCCUCGGCGACGGGGCGCGGCCCGAGGACGCUGGGGGUAAGGAGCUGCUCCCGGGUUCUCUGAUAGUGCUGUCUCAUAAGGAUAAGGAGAUCACUGAUGCGUUGGAAGGGGCCGGCGUGCAGCCUACGGAGUCGGAGGUGGCUCAUGAGGUGGCAUUGAUGUCCAAGACGAAUAUGUAUCGCCCCGGGAUAGACGUCACGCAGGCGGAUCUUGUGCCGCACAUGAAUUGGCGCCGGCAGGAGAGGACUGAAGCCGUGGGGCAGUGGAAGGCAAAGGUGUAUGAUAUGUUGAAUGUCCUGGUGACCGUCAAGUCGAGACGGGUCCCUGGGGCAAUGACAGACGAGGAGCUGUUUGCGAUGGAUGGGGAGGAGAAGAAUGGGAGGAGCGCAGAGCUUGAAACUGAGCUGGAUGAAGUCUUGACUGCCGAGGAGAGGAAGCAGCUUGAUUCUGCGUUGAGGGGGAACCAGGACGAGGAAUCCGAGGACAGGGCCGAGGAAGGUGACAAAGGGGCUGAUCAUUUGGAUGCAAACGGUGCCGGGAAAGACAAGAAGGGAUGGUUUUGGAACGGCAAGAAAGGUGCCAAGAAUGAUGAGAAGGCACCCAAGGCAGUGAGCAAGGAUGAAUCAGGUGAUGCAGGGAAGGGAAAGGAGAAGGGCAACGGCAAGAAGAAGAAGGGUGGUGUCUCAUCUGGGGAUUCUAAUAAACUCGAAAGUGAGUACAAGAAGGGGUUAAGACCAGUGUUGUGGUUGACACCGGAUUUCCCUUUGAAGACGGAUGAGCUGAUCCCUUUGCUCGAUGUACUAGCAAACAAAGUGAAGGCUGUUAGAAGGCUUAGGGAACUCUUGACAACCAAGCUGCCUACAGGCACAUUUCCAGUCAAGAUUGCUAUCCCUAUUGUCCCAACAAUACGGGUCAUUGUGACAUUCACAAAGUUUGAGGAAUUACAGCCUCUAGAUGAGUUCGCCACCCCACCAACGAGCCCCACGCAGUUCCAGGACGCCAAGUCCAAAGAUUCGGAAGGAUCGGCGUCAUGGUACUCGUGGGUCAGAGGGGGCCGCGGUGCGCAGUCCAGCGACAGCGGCGAUAGCAAGAACUGGAAAGACGAGGUCGAUCCGUUCCAUAUACCUUCCGAAUACACCUGGGUGGACGCCACCGAGAAGAAGCGUAGGAUGAAGGCGAAGAAAGCCAAGAACAGGCGCGGCACAGCCCGGAAACAGUCGUCGAAAAACACCUCCUCGGAAGGGGGCCAGCACCCUAUGAUGGACGGCUUCGAGUAAAACAGUGUUACAUCAUAGUAAGGUUGCCCCCUGCGUCCGUCCAUAAGAUGUUUAUUAGGUGCCGAUGGCGGGGCUGCUGCUCGCCGGGCGCAGACGGACGAUGUCGUCCGAGACAACGCGCGGCUCGGUACCGUACCCCGAGGAAAGUACAGGAUGGAUUUUUAUACCCUGCUGCUAGUCUGUAAUUCAAUUCUUUUCUUUUUUGUCCCCCGCCGCCGCCUUUUCUUCAUGUUGGAUGUAUGUUUGAUGAUGAAUGAUGAUGAUGAUGAUACGGCCUUGUUUGUUGUUGUUGUUUAAAAGAAGAUGUGUUUGAUGACAGAUGGAGGGGGCUGUAGUGUCCCCCCCUCCCGCUGUAUGAAUACUUGGAAUAUGCUGUAGCUCCAUACUCAUGCUUGUUUCUUCAACUUGGAUGUAUCUUCGUUUCA